AUGCUGUCGCUCUGGGUAGCAGCUAUACUAUUCCUUGGAUAUAUGGGCAGUGGGUUCUUAUCGUCCACAUCCAAGGUACCAGGUCCAUGGUAUACGCGAUUCUCCAGCCUCUGGAUCAAAUACCAGGAAUUUACUGCCAAUAGAAGAGAAUCAAUUCACAAGCUCCACGAAACUUAUGGUCCUGUUGUCCGUUUGGGUCCCAAUGAGAUCUCUUUUACCAGCCUCGAUGCCAUCAAGGAGAUCUACGCCUCGGGAGGGAGUGGCUACGAAAAGACCGAGUUCUAUAGUCUCUUCAAGCAGUUCAACAUUAAGACGAUGUUUUCUACUUUGAACAAGGAUGAGCAUAGCAAGAGAAAACGCAUUUAUGCAGACCGGUAUGCGAUGACCAACAUUAUGAAAGCAGGGCCACUGGCUGCUAUCCAUGAACGUGCCAUGGCAUUCGUCUCUCAUUGCACCGACGCUGGCAAUAAGAGUGUCGAUGUCUAUAUAUUGCUUCAUUGCUAUGCCAUCGAUUGUGUGACUGGCUUCAUGUUCAGCCCCGGUGGACUGAAGUCCCUCAACAUCCAAAAGGAUUUUGAGAUCAUGCAAGAACUCACCUACCACCAAAGUCUCCAGAAAAGUCUACUUGCAUACUACCUCCCGUCACUGAAGCCCUACUUCCCCAACUUUCUUCACCCAAGAAGCGCCCCCAGAGCAAACCAAUACGUUCUAGACAUGGUUGCCCAACCCUCCGUAGAAAACCACACACUCCUCGAAAAGCUCCAACGCAAAGACUCAAAUCUCCAGCCCAUGCAGAUGGCAGCCGAAUGCAAAGACCACAUGGCCGCGGGCGUCGACACAACAGGCGACGGGCUCUGCUUCUUAAUGUGGGAACUCUCACAGCCCCAGAACCUACCUUUUCAACAGAAACUACACGAAGAACUUCUCUCCACACCCGAUGCCCCGCUCGAUAGCCUUAUCUACCUCGACGCUGUCAUUAAAGAGGCUUUGCGCUGUUCUCCCCGAUUCCGAUGUCGUUGCCUCGAUAUGUCCCCGAAGGCGGGAGGGUGA